AUGGAAAAGAUUUUUGAUGCGAAAAAUUGUUCAUCAGAAACUAGGUUGACAUACUCCGAGUAUCAGCUGUUUGGAGAAGCAAUACACUGGUGGGACAACAUGAAGCUAGUAUUACAGGAAGGUGGUGAGAUUAUUACCUGGGAAGUUUUUAAGAAUAAGUUUUAUGCUGAGUACUUUCCGGACAAUGUAAGAUAUGCAAAAGAGGUGGAGUUCUUGCAGCUCGUGCAAAGUAACAAGUUGGUAGCUGAGUAUGCAGACAAGUUCAAACAGUUGGGACGUUUCUACACCCAACCAGCAAAUGAAGAAUGGAGGUGUAGGAAAUUUAAAAAUGGAUUGAGAGCAGACAUACAACUAGCCGUGAACCCUUUAGCUAUUAAAGAGUUCUCUGCUUUAAUUGAACAUGCCAAAGUUGCGGAAAGGUUAACGAGUGAGAUUGAAGUUCAGCAGAAGUCACAAAGGGUGGGAGGACCAUUUGGGUCACGAGUUGGACAAAAUGUAAGGAUUCGACCUUAUGAAAGACCGCAGCCUCAGAGGAAUUCUCAUCAGCAACAACACCAAUAG